AACACCUAUCUUCGCAUUCUCAAAGUACUACAGUUCUCUGAGAUCUUCCUCUUCUUCCUUUUUAGAAGCAUUCAUCUAUCAAAAAUAACAAUGGCUAUCCGCAUGCCUCGUAUCAUUAGCUCUAAGAAAGUUCCCAAGGGAUACUUUGCAGUUUACGUUGGAGAAAACCAGAAGAGGUUCGUGAUACCAGUUUCACUCUUGAACCAGCCUUUAUUUCAAGAUUUGCUUGGCAUGUCAGAACAAGAGUUCGGAUAUAGUCAUCCUACCGGCGGUAUCACAAUUCCCUGCAACGAAGAUAUCUUUCUCGUUGUCACCUCUCGGUUGAACUGAUUUGUGAGAGAUUUAACACAAAUCAACCCAUACAUUUUUGUAAAGCAAACAAAACUAACACUAUGUAAACACCUUUUUCCCAUCCUUUUCUGCCUUGGGGAGCAAAUACAAGUCUCCCUAAGUGGAAAGUUAGAGAUGGUUGUUAGUGUAACUUCUAUCAAUCAGUACAAAAGAUGGCAGUUCGAAACA